AAAAUAUCCAAAAGGAAUCUAAAACAGAGCAGAGAAAAAAUAGGAAGCCAUGUUCUUGAAGCUCUUCACCAUCUUCUUCUUCAACCUCCUCUUUCAAUCCCAAAUAUCUUCUUCCCAAAACCUCAGUUUCACUUACAAUGGCUUUACUCCACUCACUGAUAUAUCACUCCAAGGGAUCACCACCGUCACACCAAACGGUCUCUUGAAGCUAACCAACUACACCGUCCAAAAAACCGGUCACGCCUUCCACACCAAACCAAUCCGGUUCAAAGAUUCUCAAAACGGCACCGCUUCGUCCUUCUCCACAACUUUCGUCUUCGCUAUUCACUCCCAGAUCCCGAUACUCAGUGGCCAUGGCAUCGCCUUCGUCAUCGCUCCUCAGCCAAGCCUCCCUAACGCAACGGCAAGUCAGUACAUCGGUCUCUUCAACAUCCAAAACAACGGUAAUAGCUCAAAUCAUGUUUUCGCUGUCGAAUUGGAUACGAUCCGGAGUACAGAGUUCAAUGAUACCGACGAUAACCAUGUCGGAAUCAAUAUCAAUAGUUUGAAGUCUGAGAGAGCUUCAUAUGCUGGGUGGUGGAACGAGAAAGACCAAUUCAAGAAUCUGAGUUUGAUCAGUCGUAAGCCGAUGCAAGUUUGGGUCGAUUACGAUGGUCUUUCUCAUAAAAUCGAUGUGACGAUGGCUCCGUUCAACGAGGAUAAACCUAGAAAGGUGCUUGUUUCGGCUGUAAAAGAUCUAUCUUCGGUUCUUCGGCAAGAUAUGUUCGUGGGUUUCUCUUCCGCGACUGGUUCUGUUCUGUCGGAACAUUUUGUUCUCGGGUGGAGUUUUGGUCUGAACGUAAAGGCUCCGCCUUUGGCUUUAUCGAAGCUCCCAAAGCUUCCUCGGUUCGAGCCCAGGAGAAUCUCCGAUUUUUUCAAGAUCGGUAUGCCUUUGAUUUCUCUAUUUUUGAUUUUCUCUUUGAUCUUCCUCAUCUGUUUCAUCGUGAGGAGGAGGAGGAAAUUCGCGGAGGAGCUCGACGAUUGGGAGAAAGAGUUUGGCAAGAACAGAUUCAGGUUCAAGGAUUUGUAUUAUGCGACCAAAGGGUUCAAGGAGAAGGACCUUCUCGGAUCUGGCGGGUUCGGGAGCGUUUACAAAGGUGUGAUGCCUGGGACGAAGCUGGAGAUCGCCGUUAAAAAAAUCUCUCACGAGUCACGACAAGGGAUGAAAGAGUUCGUGGCGGAGAUCGUGAGUAUUGGUCGGAUGAGUCAUCGGAAUCUAGUGCCUCUCUUGGGUUAUUGUCGUCGAAGAGGAGAGCUUCUUCUGGUCUACGAUUUCAUGCCUAAUGGAAGCUUGGACAAGUACUUGUACAACAAUCCGGAGGUAACACUUAACUGGAAACAGAGGAUCAAAGUCAUUCUUGGUGUUGCCUCUGGUUUAUUCUACCUUCACGAGGAAUGGGAACAAGUGGUGAUUCACCGAGACGUUAAAGCCAGCAACGUUUUGUUAGAUGGAGAGCUUAACGGGAGACUCGGUGAUUUCGGUUUGGCUCGGUUGUAUGAUCACGGGUCGGAUCCUCAGACAACGCACGUUGUUGGAACGUUGGGAUACUUAGCCCCUGAACACACUCGGACAGGACGUGCCACGACUGCGACCGAUGUUUUCGCGUUUGGAGCGUUCUUGCUAGAAGUCGCGUGUGGUAGACGUCCUAUUGAGAUCCAGCAUGAUACUGAUGAGACGUUCUUGCUUGUGGAUUGGGUUUUCGCGUUAUGGAACAAGGGAAACAUAUUGGAUGCUAAAGAUGCUAAUAUGGGUUAUGAGUGUGACCAUAAAGAGGUCGAGAUGGUUUUGAAGCUAGGUCUCUUGUGCUCUCACCCUGACCCAAGGGGUAGACCAAGUAUGAGACAAGUGUUACAGUAUCUAAGAGGAGAUGCAAAGUUACCGGAUUUGUCUCCGUUGGAUUUUUCCGGGAGUGGGAUGAUGUUAGGGUUCCAAGAUGGGUUUAGCGAAUUGGGUAUGUCGUAUUCUUCCUCCGUCUUUAGAGGGUUUACCGGUGGAUCUUCUAUAGCUGAUUCUCUACUCUCCGGUGGGAGGUGAAUGUUUUGAAUAUUAGAACGGUUUUGUGUAUUUGCAUUUCAUAUGUAGAGACUAUUUCGACUAUAUGUGACCAUGUAAUUAUAUUUCAGUGUAUGUUGAGGUAAAAUAGUUGAAACUAUUGUCUAAAGAAUAUUAUGGUCAAGGUUUUUGAAGUUGUACAUAGGUGAAUUAUAUUAGUACAAUUU